UCAGCUGCCUUUUGCUUUUAAUUCAUCAAUCGCUUUCAUCAAAAACUCACUCACUCUCUCUCUCUCUCUUUCACUGAUCACUCAACACACUCCUCACUUUCACUACAAUUUUUUCCCUCUCUUUCUCGCAUUUUCUCUCUACAUUUUUCUCUCUCCCCCAAACACAAAUUAAGAGAGAGACAGACACAGAGAGAGAGAGAGAGAGAGAAAGGAAUCUUCGAACAAAACGGAGCUGCUACAGUGAGAGGAAAUCUUCGAAAAAUUCUCCCUACUUUUUUUAUCUCACAUUCUCUCGUCGCCAUUGUAAUCGCACUUUUACACCUUUCUUUCUUCGGAUUUAGAUUCUGGUUUUGUUUUUUUUUUUUUUUCGGUGGAAUUUGUCGUUUAUUUGGUAGUGUGUGAAGCUUGAGCUGUGAGAGGAUUGGGAUCGAAUUGCGGCGAUUUGGUUCGGUGUGGUUCUUGUAGGAGGAGGAGGAGGAAAAGGCAAUGAGUGGAGGAGUAGGAGGAGGAGGAGGUGGUGGUGGUGCAUUGGUGGUGGUGAGGGAAGGUAGGGUUUCGUUUGGGAAAGUUGGUUCUUGAUGUCACGCAAAGCUGAGACAAUGGCUAAUGAGCAGUCUAGAGCAGAGAGAGAGAUUGAUUUGGCCAUCACUGCUCUCAAGAAAGGGGCACAGUUGCUCAAGUAUGGACGCAGAGGGAAGCCCAAAUUUUGUCCCUUCAGGGUGGCUAAUGAUGAAUCUGUUCUGAUUUGGUUCUCUGGAAAAGAGGAGAAACACCUUAAACUAAGCCAUGUGUCCAGAAUUAUUCCUGGUCAGCGCACUCCAAUAUUUCAGAGGUACCCUCGGCCUGAGAAGGAAUACCAAUCAUUUUCUCUUAUAUAUGAUGAUAGGUCCUUAGAUUUGAUAUGCAAGGAUAAAGAUGAAGCCGAGACCUGGUUUAUUGGUCUAAAAGCACUAAUAUCCCGUGGCCGUCACCGAACAGGGAGAUCUGAAUCAAGAAGUGAUGGAGUUUCAUCUGAAGCAAAUAGUCCUAGAGCAAACACCCAAAGAAGUUCUCCUUUGAGUUCUCCAUUUGGUAGUGGUGGGAGUUCACAAAAGGAUGCGGUUGAUCCCCUUCAUCUGCGUACGCCACAUGACAGCCCUCCAAAAAUUGGUUUAGAGAAGGCGUUGUCAGAUGUGAUAUUUUAUGCUGUGCCUCCCAAGGUUUUCUUUCACCCAGAUUCUGCUAGUGGUUCGGUCCAUUCCCUGUCAUCAGGGACCUCAGAUGGAAUUAAUGGACGUGUAAAGGGUACAGGCAUGGAUGCUUUCAGAGUUAGUUUGUCAAGUGCUGUUAGCUCAUCAAGUCAAGGCUCUGGUCACGAUGAUGGUGAUGCUCUAGGGGAUGUUUUUAUUUGGGGAGAAGGCACUGGCGAUGGCAUUCUGGGUGGGGGAAUACAUACAGAUGGUAGUUCUGGUGUUAAGAUUGAUUCUUUAGUACCUAGACCAAUGGAAUCUGCAGUACAACUUGAUGUUCAGAACAUAGCUUGUGGUCGGCGGCAUGCUGCUUUAGUAACCAAGCAAGGAGAGGUUUUCUCUUGGGGGGAGGAAUUGGCAGGCAGACUUGGACAUGGUGUAGACUCUGAUGUUUCUCAUCCAAAGCUUAUAGAUGGUCUUAAAAAUAUCAACAUUGAACUUGUAGUAUGUGGGGAGUACCAUUCUUGUGCUGUUACUCUUACUGGUGAAAUGUACACAUGGGGUGGUAAUUCUUACCAUUUUGGGCUCCUUGGUCAUGGAAACGAAGCUAGUCACUGGGUUCCAAAAAAGUUAAAUGGACCUCUGGAGGGAUUACAUGUUUCAUCAGUUUCUUGUGGACCGUGGCACACAGCUGUUGUAACCUCUGCUGGGCAAUUGUUUACUUUUGGCGAUGGGACUUUCGGCGUUUUAGGACAUGGGGAUCGUAGAAGUGUGUUGAUACCUAGGGAGGUUGAAUCCCUUAGGGGCCUGCGCACUGUGCGAGUAGCUUGUGGUGUUUGGCACACUGCUGCAGUUGUUGAAGUCAUGGUUGGAUCUUCAACCUCCAGCAACUGCUCAUCUGGAAAGCUUUUUACGUGGGGAGAUGGAGACAAAUUCCGUCUUGGGCAUGGUGAUAAGGAAGCAAGACUGGUGCCUACUUGUGUUGCUGCUCUUGUUGAACCCAACUUUUGUAAAGUUGCCUGUGGAGACAGCCUGACUGUUGCACUUACAAAUACAGGCCAUGUCUACACAAUGGGAAGCCCUGUUUAUGGUCAGCUAGGAGAUCCACAGGCUGAUGGAAAGCUACCCAUCCGUGUUGAGGGAAAGCUUAUGAGGAAUUAUGUUGAAGAAAUAGCUUGUGGUGCUUAUCAUGUUGCAGUUUUAACUUCAAGAACUGAAGUAUACACUUGGGGAAAGGGUGCCAAUGGUCGGUUGGGUCAUGGGGAUACAGAUGAUAGAAAUUCCCCAUCCCUAGUUGAAGCUUUAAAAGAUAAACAAGUCAAAACAAUUGUUUGUGGCACUAAUUUUACUGCAGCUAUCUGUCUGCAUAAGUGGGUCUCAUGUGUUGAUCAAUCUUUGUGUUCUGGUUGCCGCCUUCCGUUUAAUUUCAAAAGAAAACGACACAAUUGUUAUAAUUGUGGAUUUGUUUUCUGUCAUUCAUGCACUAAUAAAAAGUGUCUCAAGGCUUCCAUGGCACCCAAUCCCAACAAACCCUAUCGUGUCUGUUAUAAUUGUUUUGACAAGCUUCGGAAAGCCACUGAAGCUGACUCUUCCUCUCAUUCUGCUCUUAAUAGAAGAGGAAGUGUGAAUCAGGGACAAAAUGAACUUGGUGAAAAGAAUGAGAAAAUGGAUUCAAGAUCUAAUGUCCACCUUGGAAGGAAUUCUUCUUUAGAAUCAUCUAGAGAAGUGGAAAGUGGAUCUUCUAAAAGAAACAAAAAGAUAGAUGUUAAUAGUAGUCGUGUUUCGCCCCUUCCCAAUGGUGUUUCUCAGUGGGAUGCACUCAAUAACUCUAAAUAUCUCAACCCAGUGUUUGGGUCUUCCAAAAAGUUUUUCUCUGCUUCUCUUCCUGGAUCAAGAAUUGUUUCUCGAGCAACAUCUCCAAAGUCAAGACGAUCUAGUCCCCCUCGUGCCACAACACCAAUCCCAACUUUAUCAGGGCUUAGUUCGCCAAAAUUUGUUGUGGAUGAUGCUAAAAGGGUGAAUGAUAGUCUGAGUGAAGAAGUUCUAAAAUUAAGAGCCCAGGUUGACGAUCUUACCCGCAAUGCGCAACUUCAAGAAAUUGAGCUGGAGAGAACAACCAAACAGCUUAAGGAGGCCAUUGAAGUAGCAGGGGAAGAGAGUUCAAAAUGCAAAGCUGCGAAGGAAGUAAUUAAGUCACUCACUGCACAAUUGAAAGAAAUGGCUGAAAGGUUACCUGUUGGUGCUGCAAGAAAUAGCAAUUCACCUUCCUUUGGUUCUUCCAGCCCCCCUAUUACUCAGGAUGUUUCUACUGCAGCCACCGACAUGCUAAAUGGUCACAUGACCUGCCAUGAACUGGAUUCAAAAGGGUCAAGCAGCCUGGUGAUUUCUAAUGGGUCAAGCACAAUUAGUAACCACACCUCAAGUCACUCUGAGGUGUUGCACCCAGAAGCAACUGCUAAGAGUAAGACCAGAACAGCAAAAGGUGAACCCACAAAUGGGGAUGAAUGGGUUGAGCAAGAUGAGCCAGGUGUUUAUAUCACCCUUGUUUCGUUACCUGGAGGUGCCAAAGAUCUUAAGCGUGUCCGCUUCAGUCGGAAGCGGUUUAGUGAGAAAGAAGCAGAACAGUGGUGGGCAUUAAACAGGGCUAGAGUAUAUCAGCAGUACAAUAUUCCGAUGGUUGACAAAGCAAGUGUUGGCAUGGGAAGGGAGGGUUUAGCUCAUUGACCUACAAGAUUCAAGAUGUAAAUGAGUUGGCAGUUUUCACAUUCCAAGCUUCAAAAUUGAAGGAUUUUUUUUCUUCCCCUUUUUAAUUCAGCUUUUAAGCUUGUCAGAAAAAAGAGCUGAAUACCCCCAAUUUUGUUUUCACAGCAGGGAGGGUUGUAUUUCUUCUUCCCUUAAAGUCAAUUCUUUUUUUCUAUUCCCCUCCGUAAAUGCAUCCCUCCUUUUCUCUCUUUUUUCUGAGGCAAGUUGUGAAGUUGUUAGUCAUGUAAAUUCUUUGUAAGUAGGUUUACUGGUGUUAUAUUCAAAACUUUCUUGUAAAUUUGUAAUGUCAAUGCAUCUUCCAUGUUUCUUUUAA